UAUCGAUAGUUGGAUUACUAAACUACUCACCACCACUUUAAGUGCUGCAUAACAGAAAAGAUGUGCGAGCGACUUUUGCCCAGGCACUCGGCUUCGGCAGGCGGCUGGCUAUGUUUGUUGUUGCCCGCCGCACUAGUCACCAGUUAUUUGCACGCACAGCCGGAAUGCGGCGCCACGGACGCAGUGCAUCGGCUUCUGAUUGCGGCCGCAAUUGGAAUGUGCCUCAGGACACUUACGUUUCUUCUCACCUCGUACGUUAAGGCGGCAACCUCUAUUCAAUUUAUAUUGAACCACCUGUUGCCAGGCAUUGUGAGCAGUCUAUGUGUGGACCGAAGCUGGCCAUUUGCUCUACCCACUGGACUCCUUAUUACCUCCAUCUAUCACUUUGUGUAUGUGAAAGUAUUCCGUGGCUUGCCCAGGACAUUUACCUUCGGGGAAGCUGCCAUUAUGGUGCAGGGCGUUUUGCUCUUCGUCCUGAAUGCCAUUUGUCGGCUUUGGACGCUGCCCUCGACGGAUUUUAAUCAGCUAAAUGCCAUAAUGACAAGUGCUCUGCUCUGCCUGCUCCUGGUCUGUGUGGCAUUGCACUUGGUGAGAUUUCUGCGCAAGCCGCUGCCCUUCUACAUGCUGAUGGUCCUGCUGCUCCUGGCUGUGACCUGUGCGCCGGUGACACGCCCUCUUCCUCUGAUUGCCCUGCUGGAAUUCCUAUUGAAGGAUCCACUGCGACUUCUCAUUAUCCUGAGUGAUCUGCUGCUCGUCGCCGUCACCUGCGGUGCCGUUAGCUGGCAGCUAAAGAGCUCCACUCGGGCGAGCACACGCGUUCGCAAGGUCUUCCAUCUGCUUAUACUGCUGGUCUUUGUGCCUGGCCUGAUCUAUCAGUGUACUCUGCUCUACCUGGCCACGGGCGUUGCGUUGGCCAUAUUUGUGGUGCUGGAGCUGCUGAGGCUGCUGCAGAUAUCGCCGUUUGCAGCGACGCUGACGCAAGCCUUCGACUCCUUCAAGGAUGAGAAGGACGCAGGAGGCCUAGCGCUGACGCCUUUCUGCCUGCUAAUUGGCUGCGCUCUGCCCAUUUGGCUGACGCCCUGUCCCUGUUUGCGGGUCGGCAAGGACAGUCAGUUGCUGCUGCUGCUCCUCUCCGGCAUCCUGACAGUGGGCGUGGGCGACACAGCGGCCAGCGUGCUGGGCUCCAAAUAUGGACGCAACAAGUGGAGGAACUCUAAUCGUUCCCUGGAGGGCACUGUUGCCUUUGUGCUGUCCAUCCUGCUGUCCGUCGGGCUGCUGCAGCUGAGCGGCGUCCUCGUCAUGACCCAGGCGAAAUGGUUCGCCACGAUUUUUGCCACACUUAAUGCAGCUUUAGUUGAGGCACUUACCGACCAGGUGGACAAUCUGGUGCUGCCAUUGAUAUUUUAUAUAAUUGUUGGCCUAGCCUAAGUCUGAAAGUGUGAUAUUUACCAAAUUGUAUGAAUUGUAAACAUUCCAGCGCAGCCAAAGAAAUUCGAACAAUAUUUUUAUAA